GUGUUCACACCUCUCUCCAUUCUAGUACCGUAAUCAUUGACUAAAUGCUUUUGAUCAGUAUCAUUUUUUUUCAAUAGUGGUUCUUAUUGAUUCCUAUUGGGUGUACUAUGGAGAAAUCUAUACAUCUUCUCUUUUCAAGUUCAAGUAAUACGCGUUUGCCCCUCCCUCUCCCUUGGUCUCUUUAUAUUUGGGUCUAAUUCUAAAGCAGCAGUAGCUCCCUACGCCUCCUCCAAAGCACAUACAUAGUUUCACGUGACAAAUCAAAUGGAUAGCGAUGAAUUUGAGAGCUUUGAAAUGAGAGUUGAUGCAAUAACAAGUUAUAGUUGGAGAGUAGAUAGUAUGAUAAGGAGUGAGACUGCGUCAAAUUUGGGAGAAUCCCCUCUUCCUAGUUUUGAUUCCCGAGUUGACAGAGCCAUAAGGAGUAGGACUCCAUCGUCAAUGUCAAAUUUUGAAUCAUCCCCUCUCCAUACUUUUCCACGAUUAUUCACCCUGCGUGAGCUUAAAGAAGCCACCAACAAUUUCUCAGUUGGGAACAAGAUUGGUGUUGGAAGCUUUGGUGAUGUCUACAGAGGCAAACUCUUUGAUGGUGGUGAGGUGGCAAUCAAAAGUGAUGGUUUCUGGUCAAAGGGUCUAAAUAACUCUGAAUUGGCCAGCUGGUCCCGUCUACCACCCCACAAGCACUUGGUUGGGGUAGUUGGGCUCUGUCAAGAGAAUGGUGAGAGGUUCUUGGUGUAUGAGUACAUGAAGAAUGCGUCCUUGUAUGAUCAAUUGCAUGACAAGCAUAGCAGUGUGUUUAAUUCGUGGAAAAUGAGGAUCAAAAUUGCUUUGGAUGCUUCCCGGGGAAUACAACAUGUUCAAAACUAUGCGGUUCCAUAUGUUCACAGAGGAGUAAUGAAGUCUUCCAACAUUCUUCGUGCUCACCCCUGA